AUACCAACACUGAAGCAAACACAAUGCAUCGUCACACUGCGUCGCUCCUCUCCUGCCGGCUGGCGGCUACCAGUCUCGCUUCUCGCUGCCAGUCGCCAAGUUGUUGUCGAGUUACCAUAGGGUUAUUGUUGAUAGCGCUUUUUCGCUGUGUGCUAAACGGAAGUCGGCCACUGAUAUUUCAACAAUGGGUCACGAAGGAGAAGUUACUCUUAUUCAGAAUUCUGAUGACUUGAAGAGUAAACUUAAAGACGCAGGCAAUAACUUGGUCGUCAUCGACUUCUUUGCUGUAUGGUGUGGGCCGUGCAAGAUGAUUGGACCACUGAUUGAAGAAUUGUCAAAGGAAAUGCAGGAUGUUGUUUUCCUUAAAGUCGAUGUGGACGAGUGUGACGAUAUUAGUGCUGAAUAUGAGAUAUCCAGUAUGCCUACAUUUGUUUUUAUAAAGGAAGGCAAAGUGUUGGAGACCUUUUCCGGCGCUAACAUCGAAAAACUUAAAAAUACUAUUCAAAAACAUAAAUAAAUAAAUUGUCACGAACGUUUAAAUAUAUACUUAAAAACUGUAAAAGGAUACUGGAUUAGCUAUAAUUACUAUUUUACACAAAUAACAUAGAAUGGCUAUUUAAAUAGAAAAGAAUUUAUAUUAUUUACAUUAUACGGCAUGCAUUACACACUUAUUGAAACAGAUUGAAGCAAUUACAUUUAAUAAUGGAAAAAUUAUUUCUAUACAUUUUGCUUUGCAAUGUACGAUAAACUUACAAAUAUAUGAUUAUUAAACAAAA